UGAAGACUCUUGCAAGAAACGCAAAUUUCAACAUGUAAAUGCAACUGCUCAAACUACACAGUGAAUAAACUCUGUGACACAUGUGAUAAACCAAUGACAUUUUUUUAACUACUAUUCUGCAAAUUAAACUCAUUUCAAGUGUAUGAUGUGAUGAGUAAGGAUUUAUAAAUUAUUUUACAGAAGCUGAACGCAAACGCAAUGAAUGCCGAAACUUGGGAAUUGGAAAGGCGUUACUCGGUGCCGGGAGCGCUAGACACUUCCGGCCUGACACUGCCUGCAAGUGAGGAUUUGCAUGCAUGGUCCAUAUACAGACAAAACUUGAACUCGGACUUUACUGAUUCAGCGCUGGGGUCAGCCGAGAAAUCACCUCUUCCCUAUGGAAAUUUCCAACUUCGAGAUUCGACAGUGCAAAGCAUUUUGAGACAUCCUCGGUACGGACCAAAGAACCACUUAGCCAGCAACUCUUACACCUAUUUGAAGUUUGGACUGCCAAGAGUGUUGCCACCUUCGAGAACACAGGACUCCAGCGAUUGCAAUUCCAGCGAGGAAGGUCGCAGGACUUCCCAGAUCGGAAUUCCAAUUUCUCACUACAAUACAGAGAUGAAAUCAUCUCGAAGUGAUCCUGACUUUAGGCUCAUUCACUCGAGUGAGAACGUCCUCUCGCCGCCGACUGUUGGAGACAAUUUGAGACUCAGAUGUGUCAGCGAGGCCAAUCUCCUGCUCGCGGAGAAGGCGAAUAGACGAUGCAGUGUCGCACUGACAGGUCCCCAAAACAGUUCUGGAAUUUUGAGGCCCAAGAACAACACUGCCGUCUUCAGACCGUCGCCAUGUCUUCAGCAUCCCCACCUUCAGUUUCGCAGAAUCGAAUCCUCUCGGUCCGACGGGUCAGUCGUUCUGAGCGGAAUAUCUUUCGAAGCCGGAGCAACCGAUAUUCUUGCCAUCAUGGCCACCACUGAGAAGGACGGCACUGCGAUUAUGGAGACAGUUUCUGGACGGAGAAGAAUUCAAAGUGGAGACAUCUUACUGAAUGGAAGAUUAAUUUCUUCCCGGACUUUAAGAUCACGGGUGGCUUACCUGCCAGCAGAAAGUAAUUUGAAUCCAGAUCUGACAGUUCAGCAAGCAUUAAAUUUUUACAUGUUGCUUAAAGGUGGCUCGAGAAUGUCUUCUCUAGACGCAGAAGCGAUUCUAGGAGACUUGGGAUUGGAAGCAACCAAACAUUGUUUAGUUGACACCCUAACAGCAUCAGAAGCCAGAAGACUUGCCUUAGCUUGCAGACUGUUGCAAGACUCUCACAUUCUUGUCCUAGAUAAACCAACUCACGGACUCGAUAUUUUCGACGCCUUUUUUCUCAUGGAGUACUUGCGGCAGUGGUCAAUUAGAAAACAAAGACUCGUUAUUCUCACACUCCAACCUCCAACUUAUGAAAUACUGACGAUGAUAUCGAGAGUGACUCUUACUUCGGGAGGAAAAAUAAUGUAUUCGGGAGCCAGGAGAGACAUGAUUCCGUACUUUUCUCUAAUUGAAUUUCCAUGCCCGCCUUUCAAAAAUCCCUCCGACUACUACUUAGACUUGGUCACGCUGGACGACUUAUCGACCGAAGCAAUGUUGGAAUCAUCGCAGAGAAUAGAUCACUUGGCAGAACUGGCCAAGGCCAAAUUGCCGCCUCUCAGUGAACCGGGCAUUCCCGGAGCUUUGCCUCCUUCCAACACUAAUGCAAACGUAUUUCUGCAAAUUUAUGCCCUAUUUGCAAGAGCUUUAAUUUACAGUCAACCUUGGUCGCUGACAAAGUUGAUCAAGAAAAUCGUCAUAUCCGCCACAUUGAGCAUUAUUCUCGGCGCUGUCUUCUGGGACGUAGCGAACGAUUCCAACGUAAACCUAAGAGAUCGAAUUGGCUUCUACUACUCAAGCUUGGGAAUACUGCACUGGCCUCUUAUCCUAAUUUCCAUUAGAGAAGCUAUUAAAACCAGGGUCAAAGUUGAAAGAGAAAUGAAAGAUGAACUAUAUGGGAGAUUGGUCUACAUUACUGUCAAGCUCCUCUGCAAUAUUCCCUCCUGGACUGUCGUCUAUGCAGCCUACUUAGCUCCAGGGUAUGCGAUGUCGGGGUUACAUUUGCCAGCAAAGGAAGAGUCUUUAAAUAUAGUGUGGCAUUAUUUCCUCACAGCAAUUAUUUAUUUAUUGCUUCUCCACCUGAUCUGUCUUUUACUGUCGCAUAUUUGUAAAUGGACCAUUCUAGCAGUUCUGACUUCUGGUUUCAUCAUUGGACAGCUGAGUGUAACUGGAGGGGUGACUCUUCACAUAAAAAACCUACCAUUCUGGUACUUGGAGUAUAAUCCACUUCGUUGGGUGCUUUCAAGUCUUUUGUCUCAAGUCUAUGAAGAAGAAUAUUUGAAAAAGUUAAUCAAAUGCGAAGGCAAACAAAUUCAACAACACGACAUUAUCGUCCAAGAAAAUUGUGACACUCCUACGAUGUCUAUCGGUGUUGUAGCUUUAAAAGAAAUUUCACUAAAUCAAGUUAGGAGUGACAUACUAAUGUGGUUGGGAAUUUCCAUAGCAGUAACAACAGCUGUCAUAAUGAUAACAUUUUCUCUUUUCAAGUUCGCAACUCUAAGAAAAACAAGAAAUACACUAAAUAAGCACUGAGAAUUGGAAAGACGCACUUCCACUAUACAUAUACUUAUAGGCGCUCGUCCGCAAUUAUGAAUAAUAUGUAAAAAUAUAGAUUUUUCAAGUCAUGAUGAUAAAGUGAUAGCAAUAAACUAAUUUAUUUGACAAUGA